AUGGACUAUUUUGGAUUCUUCCACGAGUUUAGCGACGACUGCCGUCACAAAAGCUUUGGUGACACUUCCAGUCCUGAGGACAGUAUCGGUUCUCAUCGGUACCUCAUUCUCCACAUCAGACAAUCCAAAACUGUUGACCCAAACAUAACUUCAAAAAUGCCGCCCAUAUUGGCUAUCAUUGCCACAGAGAUGUCCAGUUCGGGAACCAUUGCCACAGUCAAAUCGGGAACACUUGUGAUAACGCCACCCAUCGGUAGCCACGGAAGCGGAUCCAGUUUUUGUUAUCGGGUGUCCGCUGACGAGUGUAAGGGCGGCACCGGUGAGGGAUUAUCGCCUCACGUCUGGACAGUCGCGUUGAAUUCAAUCCCGAUUAGUGACCGAUUCCAUGAUAGCGCCGAUCAAAUGCCAGCCCCAGUUCGAGUACCGGAACUGUGCGCCCGGUUUGGCCACCAAUGGGUCCGCCGAAAAGUAGGCCAAAGUGUCGGUCGCGUUAUGACAAUCACGUAUUCGGUGGAGAAAAUCGCGUUUAACUAUUUUGGAUUCUUCCACGAGUUUGGCGACGAGUGUUGUCUCAAUAGCUUUGGUGACACUUCCAGUCCUGAGGACAGUAUCGGUUCUCAUCGGUACCUCAUUCUCCACAUCAGACAAUCCAAAACUGUUGACCCAAACAGACGACGUUUGGACGGCCCUCUGACACCACCGCCUCCUCCACCGCCGCCACCACCCCCUCCGCCACCGCCUCCACGCCCUCCUCGGCCGCGUCCCCGACCUCUUCCGCGCGCGGCGCCCGAUCUCGAGGCCAUGGCUUCGCGUUUCUUGGCCUUAGCCUUCGGCGUGUCGUCCACCAGAAGUGUCUCUAACGGCAAAGCGUCCGGAACGGAUAUUAUUGCCGCGAAUGGACAGCGAGUCCAGUGUCUGCGAGACUCCCGUCUUUCCCAACAGUUUCACAGACUUCAGACAAUGACUGCGGAGGAAUGGUAUGAUAUACUGACAACUGUUCCGUUCUUGAGCUCAACGGUGACCGUCUCGUGGGAUAACUUCAUCAAAAACCUGCAAACAUUUGACACAAAACUCGCGUCCAUUUCAUGCGACCCAUCGGUUGUGUCCGCACACGUGUCCACGCAUUGUGUCCACAACUCCAGCACCACAUCCAACACAUCCAGUGAUAACCACAAGACUUUCUCGACCACCAAAACGAUGGCCACGAAUAAGAUCCCGGAGGAGGACAUCAUGUCGUUCGUGAAGAACAUGUUCGCCGUAACCAUAGCUCGGGAACAGCUGUUGGCGCCGACCAAAGAGUUUGUGGUCGGACUGUACGCCCGCUUUCUGGCCGAGUUUGGGAUGGAGAACGUGGCCCAACCCGACCUCAUGGCCACCGGCGGUAUGGAUAACAUCGAGCGCUACGAAACCAACAUAAUUGUGGCCAACAUUUACAAAUCGGUGUCCAGUUUGGUGGCCAACGCAGGCGUUCCCGACAUGACGUUCGCCGAUGUGGUGGCCCCGAAGAGGGUCCGCACCAAUCGGAUCCUGUCGUCGCUCUGUUCGCUGCUUUUGAAGUUGACUGAAAUCGAGGAGCGCUUCCAACACAUGCAGAGCAAGUGUGUGGAUCUGCCGGCCCGGCGACAGGCGGUCGAGCAGCGCAUCCGUGAGCUCAAGAGGUCCGUCGAAGAGAAGUCCAUGUAUUUGUCGGCCAACAAGAGUAAGACACAGGCGUCGGCUCAAGAGCUCAAAGAGUUGGCCGAGAAGUAUGAGGAGAAGCGCUGCGCCGCCGAUCUUCUCCAGGAGGAGAGCCGCGCACUCAAGACCACAAUUCUUGCACAACGGGAAAAGUUAAGCGAAAUUGAUAUCGAAAUGAGUAAAAUGCGUGAAGAUAUACAGGAGUUGGAGAAUAAAGUGGUUAAAAGUCCGGAACGAAUCCAAGCGGACACCGAAGAGAAGGAGACAGAACUCGAGGCCAAACGUGUGGAGAAGAAGAAGUUGGAGAAGCAAUACAUGGAGUUAAUCCGUUCGGUCGACCACUUGAAAGAGGCCUCCAAGUCGUUAAUGCCAUCGCUUGAGACGUUUACCGAAGCGUUCAAAGACAUAGAAUCCAUUCGCAGUGAGUGCGAGAAGUUGUCCGAAAACAAGGUUUUGGUCAACAGUCGGGAAGAGAGGCUCAAGUCGUUGAGAGUGCAGAUCAAAGAGCAGGAGAAGAGUUGCCAAACGCUGCGGCAACAGAUGGUGAACAACGAUAAGUCAUUCCAACAACAGAUCCAAACGAUGAGACAAAUCAAUGGCGGAAUGAAAAGCGAUCUCGAGAUGAAGACCAAGAAUCAGACCGAAGCCCAGAAGUACUGUCUGGAGGAGAGGCUACGCCUUGAGUCCCAAUUGGAUGCGUUGGACGCCCAGCACAGGGCCGCCAAAGAGAAGGUCGACUCCAUAUGGAAACGACACGCGGAGGCCAUGAAGAGUGUCCACAAUUUGAUUGAGAGCCGUAUGAAUGCCAUCAAAGCUAUUAAAUCUCAACGAAAAGUUGUUCAAAACUGAUUGAACAAAACAUUGUAUAACAUUAUUAGUCUAUAUUUCUAUUACACAUAUAAUACUUGUAUUUUUACUUAAUAAUUGGCGCAAUGUUUGCCGCUAUAAUUACCUGUCAAACAGUAUAUACCAAUUUAAUUGACACUUUUAUUACCGUAUUUUUAUAGUAAUAUGUAUAACACUUUUGUAUUAUAUUUCAUUUCGAUUAAUUCAUUAUAUAUUGUUUGAGAAAAAUAUGCCGAC